AUGGACUGGGAGUGGAGUUCGGAGCGCUCUCCGGGUUUCCCUUGGGAGGUAGUGGUGGUGGACCCUUAUGGCAGUGGUGGCGGGGUGGUGGUGGUGGUGGUGGUGGUGGUGGUGGAGGUGGUGGUGGUGGUGGAGAUGGUGGAGGUAGUGGUGGUGGUGGUGGUGGUGGUGGAGGCGUCGGCUCGCAGCUCAAACGGCAAUGCUAGCAGCUCUCCUGGGUUAAUGAUGCGCUCUAUUGCGGGAAAGAUGCAGAACGGCUCCGUUAGUGCACAGUGCUCUGCUCUUUUAGGGAGCUUUCGGCCGGCCAGCAUUCAGUUUUCAGCAUCACCCACGUUUGCUCCGAUGGGCUUCGCCGCGUCUGCACUCUCGGCCACCUCUUCGCUGUCUGUGUUGGGCUCCUUAGCACAGCACCGCGGAGUCUCCACGACAGAGUUAGCAGAGGACGGCGAUUCUGAUGAGGGAGACGCAACCUACUUACCUACCGUCAUCUGGUCGAUCAAUCCGCAGAACGCCCUAAAAAGUCGCCUGUUCGGUGAAGAGCUAUCAGACUGUAUCUCGAUCGACGCAGUCAGACGCUUUGUGCUUUUUUCCUUUAUAGCUAUCCUAUCUUCGAUGACCUGA